CUGAGGGCAGAAAGUGUCAAAUGACAGCAAUGGCAAAAACGCCGAUAAAACUAGAUAUUACCAUCAAUCCUGUGAAAAUACAAGAAAAUAACUGCUGUGAAGAAGUUUUAAGUGUAUUAAAAUCUGUGAGACCAAUAUGGUUUGAUAAUGAAGAGGCAAAAUCAUUGAAAUCUAAGGUUUUCACUGGAGGUAUAUCUAACCAGUUGUAUGGUUACUAUCAGGACGGACAUUUUAAAGAUGAUGUUGUUCUUAUGAGGAUUUAUGGUAGUGGUACAGAACUUAUGAUAGACAGAGAUCUUGAAAAACAAAAUAUACAGAUUCUGAGUGCAGCAGGUAAAAGUCAACCCCUAUAUGCUGCCUUUAACAAUGGUUUGGCCUAUGGUUUUGCACAGGGUGUCACCCUUGAUGAGAAUACAGUCAGAGAUGAAAGAAUUAGAAAGUUAAUAGCCGAAGAAAUGAUAGAAGUUCAUGCAGUUAGACCUGAGGGUAGGGAGGUGAAAACAGGACUCUGGGAGAAAAUUUACAAAUUUUUGGAAUUAUCCCCUGAAGGUUUUAAUGACCCAGAAAGGAAUAAACAGUAUCUUGCAAAGAUAAAGCCAAAAGAUGUGUUACGGAAAGAAUUAGAUGAACUUCGUGUACAUCUUGAGGCGCUGAAUUCACCUGUUGUGUUCUGCCAUAAUGACCUGUUGCUCAAAAACAUUAUCUAUAAUGAAGAAAAAGGUUGUGUAUAUUUCAUUGACCACGAGUAUGCCAUGUACAACUACGAACAUUUUGAACUAGGAAAUCAUUUCUGUGAAUAUGCAGGUGUAGAUGAUUUAGAUUUUGCACGAUAUCCAGAUAAAGAAUACCAAAUGGAAUGGUUACGGUACUAUCUACAACAGUGUGCCAAACAUAGAAAGGAAAAUCCAGACACAGUCUCGGAAAGGGAUGUUGAGAUCUGUUAUGUUAAGGCAAACAAAUUUGCACUGGUUGCACACAUGUUUUGGGGAUUAUGGGGUCUAGUCCAGGCUAAACAUUCAGCAAUAGAUUUUGGAUUUCUGGAAUAUGCUCAGCAAAAACUGGAUGAAUAUUUUGCCAGGAGAGAUGAAUUUCUUGCAUUGAAACUUCCAUCUUAAUGCUUGCAUACAGUAGCUUUUUAUCAUUAAAUUUAGGAUGGGUAAUUUUAUAUCAAUCAGUGUCUGUGACGGGUUCCAUAAUGUUUUUGAUUUUGUAGAAUUAGGGCAUACAGUAUACUGAAAAUGAAUAUAAUGGUAUGACCAUAUGUAAGAUUCGCUUUUUAGCUCACCUGAGCAAGAGGUGCUCGAGGUGAGCUUUUGUGAUCGCCCUGUGUCUGUCGUCCGUCAUCAACAAUUUGACUGUUAACACUCUAGAGGUCAGAAUUUUGGCCCAAUCUUAAUAAAACUUGGUCAGAAUGUUACCUUCAAUAAAAUCUAGGACGAGUUCAGUAUUGGGUCAUCUGGGGUCAAAAUCUAGGUCACCAGGUCAAAUCAAAGGAAAAGCUUGUUAACACUCUAGAGGCCACAUUUAUGACAAUAUCUCUAUGACUCUUGGUCAGAAUGUUAAUCUUGAUGAUCUUUAGGCCAAGUUUAAAUCUGGGUCAGGUGGGUCAAAAAGUAGGUCAUCAGGUCAAAUCAAAGGAAAGCUUGUUAACACUCUAGAGGCCACAUUUACGACUGUAUCUUUAUGAAACUUGGUCAGAAUGAACCUUGAUGAUCUUUAGAUAAAGUUUGAAUCUGGGUCAUGUGGAAUGUGACCUACUGACCUACUUUUUUGUUUUUAAGAUACAGCCUUGAAAUUUGGAUGACAUGUACAGUUUAGCACACUGAUCUCAAAACUGACUUUCAGUGACCAUGAAUAUGACCUACUGACCUACUUUCUUGUUUUUUAAGAUACAGUCUUGAAAUUUGAAUGACAUGUACAGUUUUGCAUACUGAUCUUAAAACUGACUUUCAGUGACCAUAAAUUUGACCUACUGACCUACUUCCUUAAUAUUUUAGCAUCAGUUUGACAUUUGAAACAUGUAGCUCAUAUUACUCAGGUGAGCGAUCCAGGGUCAUCAUGACCCUCUUGUUUUAUUUUCAUGUUGCAUUUAUACAGUUGGGCAUUGAUAAAGUCACUGAAAUGAUAUUUGGUACAACUUUAAUGGGAACAAGUCAUUAUUGGUACAGAAUUCAGCAACCUAUAUCAACUGAUCUCUAAUUCAUGGGUUUAAUUCUUUGAAAAUGGUUAGUGCCAGUCUACAUGUUUUAUACUUUAGAUUUAGGUUGUAUAAAAACAUUUGGAAUGUACAUGGUUGAAUUGUGUAAUAUUUUCAGGGUUCUACCAUCUCAAAAUAAAGAAUGAAAUCCUAUAUGAACCUUAACAACCUCUUGUUUUUGUUGCUUUAAACUUUGAGUGUUGUUUUAAGCUGUUUUUCAUAAUUGUUUUUAACUUGUAUAAGGUUUGUCAAUGAAAUAUUUCAUACCACGGUAUUGUAUUACAGAUAUGUUUAAAAAGAAAAUUAAUGUGAAAAGGUGAAUCAUAGAUCUGAUAUUAAAAAGUCUUUGCCUGUAAAACCAGUUUAUUACAUACUCAGUGUGGUAGAUAAUCAGAGAUUGAAAUUUUGAAAGAUUGAAAUACUGGUAAAAUUAGUUUGGUAUACAGGAAAUGUAUUUUGUCAUAUUGUGGGACCACUUCAUUUUUUGUUAUUGUGUGUUCUUGAUAUACCCAUGCGAGUCAGAAACUGUGAUGCUUUUUGCAAUGAUUUUGAUAAAUUUGAUUUGUUUAAUUUUUGUAAUAGAAUGGUAUUUAUUUUCUAUCUGCGCAUAAGUCCAUCAUUUCAUCUGUUAUUUUAUGUGUUCAGCAUCUCCUUCAAGGUUUAUACAGCUGGAAAAGUAGAGGAAAAAAUUGAAUCAUUUUAGAUGCUGCAGAAACAACAUUGACCUGUUUAACCUUUAGCCUGCUGGUGGCAAGUGAUUCUGCCUUUGCGACCAGUGUGGACCAAGAUCAGCCUGCACAUCCAUGCAGUCUGAUCAUGGUCUGCACUGUUCGCUAUUCAGUCAGUAAAUUUUCAGUGAACACCCCCUUGAAUAAUAAGUGGUACUGCCCAAAUUGAAUGAUGGACCAGUCAUUUUAGAAAAGCCGGGUAAGUGUUAGUUAGAAGAAUAUUUUUUCUUACUUUGAUGUUGGGUGUUUAACUUUUACAAUUUUGCUAACCAGACUGAUGUAUGCCUUGUUAAGAUUAUCCAGGACGGUCCACUACUUUCCGUUAGUAGGCCAACAGCCAAAGAGCCAUUUUUAAGGGGCCAACAAGGGUCAAGAAUGGCCCCCAAUAAUCUGCUGAUCAACCAAAAUGGCCCCCUAGUUUUGGACACAUUGUGUAAUGGGCCAUUUCUUGAAAACACAAUUUUUACCUCCCCUGAGGCCCUGUGACUCAUUUCUGGCAAAAAAACAAA